AUGCCCAGUUACAAAGGCAAUCAGACUCGCAUUUGUCAUCAAGGUGCCGACGGCAACAUGUAUGUGGCUAUUCUUCGCGGACCAGAAGAACUGGAGCAAUGGAAAGAGGAUUCAAGCAAGCCUUUAGUUGAUGUGGUUGAUUCGUUUCAAGUGUUUACGACACAUCGACAAGGUAGUACCGGACGACUUUCGACUGCCUCAAAGGUAGAGUUGGAGAAUGAGUUUGGUACAUGCAACGAGGACUCGAUCAUUCGUCAAUUGCUAAGUGUUGGUAAGGUAACACCUCACCAAGAGCAUAUGCCAAACAAGGAAUUCUAA